AGAAGAAAAAAAAAAUUCAGUUGUCAAGAAGAAGCACCAUGCUGAGCAACAAUUUGAUCUUUUCGAGCGUGUUCAUUAUUUUGGCCCUGUGCCAUACGAGCGUAGCUCAACGUAACUCAUGCGUUGAUGGCUACUCGUGUGUCAGUUUGGAAAAAUUUGUAUAUUGCGAUGAUGCGUCGGCAGAGCCAAUGUCGUGUCCGAAAGUAGGACCAGCUCAGACCGUGUGCUUUGGCGGCACAGUGGGCUUCGGAGAAUCUAGUGACGAGGCUGGCCCUUGCCUGAAGCAGCCAACUUGUUCCCAGGAUGGUACAUUUUCAGUCGCAAGCACUACAGGAGGAGCAAAAAUUCCCGAGCUAUGCAGCGCUUAUUACAAGUGCAGUCGGACUGGUUUGGAAACCAACAUCUGCGAUUCUGGUUCAGAGUUCAGUUCUAAGACGGGCAAGUGCGAGCCCGCCAACUUGGCCGGGUGCAGCAUUCGAUCUUCUGGAGGCACCUCAGCUGUCACAGAGACCGUCACUAAAGAUCCCAACCAAGACAUUCUUGAGACCAAAGCGCCGAACCCAAAACCGGCUUCAACGACUAAAGCGCCGCCAGAUUUCAUUCCUGCUGAAGACAUUGACUACUCAUACCCUGACUACGAGGAAACCGGAGGUGGAGGUACUGGUGUUGGUGGUGGUGGUUCCUCCACCCCUUGCAGGAGGUUUAGAAAUCCCGAUCCUUCCAGCUGCAGGCAUUACAUUUUAUGCACUCGGCUCUUUGGAACGAUGCGUCGGGCCUGCCCUCAGAAUUUGUAUUACAACGAGGCAUUGCGAGUCUGCACCCGCAAUGUUGACUGCGGUAAAAGGAAAAAGUAAAGCUCAAUCUUGCCAAGUGUAUUUUUAACCAAACUGAAAAAUAUUAUUUAAUAAAAAUUAUUUAUUCUUCGUUGAAAUUAUAUAUUUUAAGAUUUUUAUUUAUCUGGAAAGCUCACCUAGAUUUAAACGAUACAACAACUUACUACGUAUAGAAUUAAUCACAAAGCAAAUAUUUGCAAACGAGAGUGAUUUAUUUCUUAACUAUGUGGUGUGUGUGCCACUUUCCUGAGUAAAAAUUCGGCUCCAUUAUACUGUCGGAGAUAGCAGAGGUUCAAACUCCAGCCUUGAUAGCCUUCAGUUUUGCUUUCAGAGUUUUCUAUGGAAGUUUCCUUAGUGAGAAAUAAACAAUAUCAAACAGAAAAUAAAUACCAUUCCCUCCUCGGUGCUUUCAAUCAAGCCGCUGAGCAUGGCUUGGUUAUUUUGUCUCUCCUUCGUCAUCGCCUCCUCACGGGCCAGCCUGUAAAAUGCCAGGCGCUUUUCCGCGCGCCGCAGUUUCUCAGUAGCAUCUUG